ACCCUAUGCAAACAGUUGUGUUUGUAAACAAAACCAAGCAAAACGUUUACCUCCUCGCUCUUCAAAACCAAACAUGUGAUUUUAAAAACCAAGUUAAUUUUGAAACAACAUUAAAUAUGAAUUUAAAAACCCAAGAAGUACUUAGUAAUAGUGAAAAUGAAAUUAAGGAACAUACAAGUAAUAAAAGAAAAUGCAGUGAUGAUGAAUCCGGGGACAUCCCGCAAUGUAAAAAGAAUGCCUAUGCCGAAGAAGGCAUUAUCAAGCCGGUGGAAGAUGUAAAGGAAUUUUUAAAUCAAGAGCAAUUUAUAGAAUCAAAGGAAGUCGCAAAUGAAGUUUUAAAGAAUGGAGCUACCAGGAGCCCAUGCAGAACGGGGGACGCUGUAACAAAUAUAGUUUCUGAGAAAGGACAUGAAGCGAAACCGGUAGAAAAUGUAAAUAAAAGUCCAAGUUUAAGAGGUGAAAUUGUAGACAGUGGUGUAAAUAAUGAAGCAACAGAAAAUGCCACAAAAAGCCUUGAGAAUAAUUUAGACUCCAAAAUAGCCGCAUGUAAUACAGAAAAUGCCAAUAUUGUGGAAGAUGAAGAGGAACCUUCGGGCACAAAAAAGGCAAAACAUCGACAGGAAGAUGCUACCAAGAGCACACAAGCCGAAAAUUCCACAAAAAGUCCCGACAAAACAAAAAAGCCACCCAACACAUUCGUGCCUCAAAGUCCCAAGAAACGUUUAGAGUUCGAGGGCAAAGCGAAUGACACAACAAAGAAGAAAGCCAAAUUCAUUUAUGGCAAUUAUUCCCAAUACUAUGGCUAUCGUAAUAAGGACAAAGAUUUCCACGACAUACGAUUGGAUGUUUUUGCAGAGCAUCGAGAAUUAUUUGCAAAUAAACAAAUAUUAGAUAUUGGCUGUAAUAGUGGCUUCAUAACAAUGGAAGUGGCCAAAAGGUUCGAGGUCAAGUCCAUUGCAGGUUUAGAUAUUGAUAAACAUUUAAUAAAUCAAGCAAUAAAGCAGCUUACGCGUCACAAGAAAUCUCUGCCCUUGAAUAAUGAAUUGAGAAAACAACACAAGUUCCCAUUCAAUGUCACCUUUGUUCAUGGUAACUAUGUGCUGAGAGAUGCGGUGCUUUUGGAAAUUGAAAGGCCACAAUUUGAUGUCAUACUAUGUCUAUCCAUAACAAAAUGGAUUCAUUUGAAUUUUGGUGAUGAUGGUUUAAAGUUGGCCUUUAAGAGAAUGUAUUUGCAAUUGAAGCCAAAGGGCAUAUUGAUCCUGGAGGCCCAGCCAUUUGAUAAUUAUUCACGGCGCAAGAAAAUGACGGAACAAAUAUUUACAAACUACAAAAAUAUGAAAUUUUUCCCCAACAACUUUGAGGAGUAUCUGUUGUCUUCCGAAGUGGGUUUUACAAAAGUGCAGUUAAUGGGUGUACCUGAUCAUUGUGAAAAAGGAUUUAAGAGACCAAUACAAAUAUUCUAUAAAAAUUAGAAUAACAAAAAAGAACAAAUGAAUUAAAAUACUUAAAUGAAUUCCAA